UUGCAGGCAAACUGAUGGGAAUUUAAGAGGAAUAUUUCAUCUGUGGGCUUUACUUUCUAACAGUUAAUGUGUUCAUCACCCUCUAAACACUUUAAAACAACUCAAUAAUGUUUUGAAAUUUUUGUCUGUCAUCUUUAUAAACUUCUAUAACUUAUGCUUACUGUUAUGGGUCCUGAGAAAACCUAACCUGGGCAGAGUGUUUUGAAUUAUACGCACUGAUCAUCCAGUACAUAUCAUAAUAGUCUUAGUUGUAAAUAUCUUUAGUUUUUUUUAGAAUCGAGCAUCUCAUGCAAUGACAUGUAUUGAACGAUCUCUAGACACUUACAGGGUGUUGAAAACAGCUCAAAGAUUUGCACGAGUGAACGCAGAUUGUUAGAUGCCUCAUUUAUUGCAGUGGGCAGGAAGAACAGAGACAAAAUUCCACAGAGCCCUGUUCUUUCUCAGGACUGUCGUAGAUAGAAGAUUAGACAAGAGGGGCGACUGCUGCGGGCACGACUGUGUACAUCAGUUAUAGCCGGCUGUUUAUAGCAGGUUUGGGGAUGUCAGUUUCUGUACGCACUUAGUAGCUUAUAACUUUCCAGCUUCGACGAAAUGAAUCAGCUAAGUCCAUCACAUGGAAAUCUGUCUCAAUCUCGAAUAAAUGAAAAACGGAUAAGGAGUCGAGAUAAUUUACUGAUAAAUGCUGAUUUUAGUGAGGAAAAUUACUGCGGUUACCACGGACUUCAACAAACGCAGAGUAACAGUGACAGUCAUGUUCUGGCUUGGCAGAAUCUGGCAAAGAGUAGGAGGCAGGCAGUGCGAGGGGCAGCCUACAUGUUUAAUCCAGAACCUUACAGCCUCACUGCGGUGGAAGAGCGUUUCCUCGAUGCAGCUGAAUAUGGAAACAUCCCAGUGGUACGCAGGAUGCUGGAGGAGAUACCUGAUCUCAAUGUGAACUGUGUGGACUACAUGGGCCAGAAUGCACUGCAGCUAGCUGUGUCGAAUGAGCACCUGGAGGUAACAGAGCACUUGUUGAAGAAACACAAUCUUGCUCGAAUUGGAGAUGCCCUAUUGCUCGCCAUAAGCAAAGGCUACAUCAGGAUUGUGGAAUCCAUUUUGAGUCAUCCGGCCUUUUCUGAUGGUCACAGACUGACAGUUAGCCCCGGUCAGGUCGCAAUGCUGGAUGACUUCUUUGCCUAUGAUGAGGAUGGUACACGCUUCUCCCAUGAUGUCACUCCAAUUAUCCUUGCUGCCCACUGCCAUGAAUAUGAGAUAGUGCACACACUCCUUAGGAAGGGUGCCCUCAUUGAGCCACCUCACGACUACUUCUGUGACUGUGACACCUGCAAUUACCAUCAGAAGUAUGACUCCUUUAGUCAUUGCCGCUCACGCAUCAACGCCUAUAAAGGCCUUGCCAGUCCAGCUUACCUCUCUCUGUCCAAUGAGGACCCUGUGCUGGCAGCUCUGGAGCUCAGCAAUGAGCUUGCCACCAUGGCCAACAUUGAGAAAGAAUUCAAGAAUGAUUACAAGAGACUAUCUAUUCAGUGCAAAGACUUUGUUGUGGGGCUUCUCGACUUGUGCCGAAGCACAGAGGAAGUGGAGGCCAUUUUGAAUGGCGAAGUUGAUGAAAGUCUUGAGGUACCUGGGCGACCUAGUCUCAUCAGACUAAAACUGGCAUUAAAAUACGAACUGAAAAAGUUUGUCGCCCAUCCAAACUGUCAACAGCAGCUACUAUCCAUCUGGUAUGAACAUGUCUCUGGACUGAGACAGCAGACAACAGCAGUUAUGGUAUUGGUUGUUCUAGCUGUUGCAAUUGGUCUGCCAAUCCUGGCCAUGGUGUAUUGGAUCGUACCAUGCAGUAAGUUGGGGAGGAUUAUGCGUGGUCCUUUCAUAAAAUUUGUGGCUCAUGCAGCUUCCUUUACAACGUUCCUCGGCCUUCUUGUGCUAAAUGCUGCAGACCGUUUUGAUGGAACGAAACUCUUGCCAGACAUGACGGCCCAUGAUUGCCCCACCCAGUUGUUUCGGAUGAAAACAACCCCUUUCACUUGGAUGGAAAUGCUUAUUAUUUCCUGGGUCAUAGGAAUGAUUUGGGCAGAAUGCAAGGAGAUUUGGUCCCAGGGGCCAAGAGAAUAUCUAUCUGAGCCAUGGAACAUGUUGGAUUUUGGAAUGUUGGCCAUUUUUGUGACAUCAUUUAUUGCACGAUUCAUGGCAUUUUGGCAUGCGUACUCAGCACAGAGUUACGUUGACACCCAUUACACUGAUUUGACGAAUGUAACUCUACCGACAGAGAUUGAGUAUUUCCAGCUAGCUCGCGUUGACUGGUUACCCUCCGACCCUCAGAUAGUGUCAGAGGGUCUGUAUGCCAUUGCAGUGGUUCUGAGUUUCUCAAGGAUUGCUUACAUCCUGCCAGCCAAUGAGAGCUUCGGGCCACUGCAGAUAUCCUUGGGAAGAACAGUGAAAGAUAUCUUUAAGUUCAUGGUGAUAUUCAUCCUGGUAUUUUUAGCAUUCAUGUUUGGCAUGUUUAAUCUCUACUCAUAUUACCUUGGAGCCAAACAAAAUGAAGCCUUCACAACUGUGGAGGAAAGCUUCAAAACAUUAUUUUGGGCAAUAUUUGGACUAUCAGAAGUCAAGUCAGUGAUAGUCAACAAUGGGCAUAAAUUUAUUGAGAACAUUGGCUAUGUCCUCUAUGGAGUAUACAACGUUACUAUGGUUAUAGUUUUACUCAACAUGCUCAUUGCAAUGAUGAACAAUUCAUUUCAAGAAAUUGAGGGUGAUGCAGAUGUCGAAUGGAAGUUUGCUCGAGCCAAACUUUGGUUCUCCUAUUUUGAGGAAGGCAGAACACUUCCAGUUCCUUUCAACCUGGUGCCAAGCCCGAAGUCUGUGCUGAAACUAUUCAUGGGGAUCAAAGCACUUUUGCUGGGCUUGAUUCAUAGACAAUGGACCAUGGAGAAGGGUGAAUCAGAGCUGAAUGAGCUAAGUGAAAGGAGAAAAGACUCACCAACAGAUCCAAGCCCAGAUUGUCCAAGUCGAUAUCAGAAGAUUAUGAAACGCCUUAUCAAGCGUUAUAUCAUCAAAUCACAAAGCGAUAAAGAGAGUGAUGAAGUCAAUGAAGGGGAACUUAAGGAAAUUAAACAGGACAUUUCCAGCUUGCGUUUCGAGUUGCUGGAGGAGAAAUCUCACAAUUUGGAGGACCUUGCAAACCUUAUUAGGCGUCUCGAAGAGAAGUUGUGAUGUCAACCUAGAAACUGCUAAUUUGAUCUAUGACCAACUGCCAACUUCUGGAAAUGGCGUGGUGUGGCUUGAGGACAAGCACCUGAUACUUUUCCAUUUCAAGUAAAAAUGUUACCAUGGACUUGUUGCUGUUAUAGAGAUGGUUACCUGCGGUGCAGUGCCUUGGGCACAUGCUCUAGUGAGUUUUGUACGUCUGAAGUUUCGGGUCCCUCUCCCCCUCUCAUUUAAGGGUGGGUAACAAAUGUGCACACGUGUACAACAAAAAACCUAAAGUAGUAUGUUGUGUGCAGGCUAGCUGUUAAGUAUGUGAGACUCCACAGGUUGUUUCAUGAGAAAUAUUUGCAGUGUGGAAAGAUUACACCGUUUUUACAGUCUUGGUCACAAGAAAACUGGAUUUUACAGUUGUUUUAUAGUUUACACUGUCCAUUAUAAAUAUUAACAAUGUGACCAAAGCACAGACAGACUGCAAAUUUGACCAUAUUUAUACAAAGCAUAUUCAGUGAAACGUUUAGAUGCUAGCUGUUUACAGAUGUCCUUCAUUCAUGUAUACAAUACAUAUUUUUUUGGUAUGUAAAUGAAUGUAAGAAAUAUUUCAACUGAUUACUUGCAAUAUAUUUGUAUGAUAUUAUUUGUUUUCUUUAUUAGGAAUAUAUUUUGCAAGAUUUUUAUGUAUAUCAUGUAACCCUCUAUCCUUAGGUGGCUUUGUCUGGUUGUCUGCGGAUUACUGAGCACAUAAAUCCACGUCUAAAUAAAGAAUGGAUUUGUUUUCCACA